GUUUUUCUCUGAUUUAGCCUUCUUCCCUUCCCAGACAGUAUAUGGUGCUGGUCCCCUCUCUGCUCCACACCGGGACCCCUGAGAAAGGCUGCCUCCUUCUGAGCCACCUGAAUGAGACAGUGACUGUAAGUGCUUCUUUGGAGUCUCCCAGGGAGAACAGGAGACUCUUCCCUGACCUGGUGGCAGAGAAGGACUUAUUCCGCUGUGUCUCCUUCACGAUCCCAAGAAUCUCAUCCUCUUCAGAGGUGGCUUUCUUCACUGUCCACAUAAAGGGACAAACACAAGACUUCAGGAAGAAGAGCAGAGUGCUGGUAAAGAACGAUCAAAGUCUCGUCUUUGUCCAGACAGACAAACCCAUCUAUAAACCAGGACAGACAGUAAAAUUCCGCAUUGUCUCUGUGGAUGAAAAUUUUCACCCCCUAAAUGAACUGAUUCCACUGGUAUACCUUGAGAACCCAAAAAGGAAUCGAAUUGGACAAUGGCAGAAUCUCAAGUUAGAAAGUGGCCUCAAACAGUUAGAGUUUCCCCUCUCAUCAGAGCUGAUUCAGGGCUCCUACAAGGUGGUGGUAGAGAAGGAAUCAGGCGGAAAUAUACAGCACCCCUUCACCGUGGAGGAAUUUGUGGUUCCCAAGUUUGAGGUCAAAGUUCAAGUCCCAAAGAUAAUCAGUAUCCUGGAUGAAAAAGUGGACAUAUCAGUAUGUGGAAUAUACACCUAUGGGAAACCUGUGCCAGGACGUGCAACCGUGCGCAUGUGCCGAAAAUUAUUUGAUUCUUUUUAUUGUCCAAAGAAAGAGUUCUGUGAGGAAUUCAGUCACCAGCUUAACAGCAAUGGCUGCAUCACCCAACAAGUAAACACAAACUCGCUCCAACUUAAGAAUGCGGGUUAUGAAAUGGAACUUAGAGUGGAAGCCACGAUUAGAGAAGAGGGAACAGACCUAGAGUUCACUGGAAGUGGGACCAGUAAAAUCACAAACAUUGCAACCAGAGUCGAGUUUGUGAAAGUGGAUUCACACUUUCGAAGAGGAAUACCCUUCUUUGGUCAGGUGCUCCUGGUAGAUGGAAAAAAUGUGCCCAUUCCCAAUAAACUUGUUUUCAUCUCCGCAUUUGAAGCCAAUUAUCUUUUCAAUGCAACUACCAAUGAGCAGGGUCUUGCACAGUUUUCAAUCGAUACAACCAGUAUGUUGACUAACCACCUUUUUAUUACAGCCUACCAUGAGAAAGGUGACAUGUGUUAUAGGAUUGCGUUUCUAGAAGAAGAACACCGGGCUGCUCAGCACACUGCAAGACAUGUUUUCUCAUUAAGUGGAAGUUUCAUUGACUUGGAGCCUGUGGUUGGUACCCUGCCCUGUGACCAAACACAGACUAUCAGGGCACACUAUAUACUCAAGGUACCGGCCCCUGGAAAAUUGAAGGAGUUCGUUUUCUAUUACCUGAUCAUGGCUAAGGGAGGCAUCGUCAGAUCAGGAACACAUGCUCUGCCUGUAGAGCCAGGAGACAGUGAGUAUCUUCCAAUCAGUCUCCCCGUUUCCUUGCCAGCACAUCCACCCUUACUCAGUGACAGUUCACAAAUGGGGAAAUCAUUCCCAUUAUUCCUUUACACUAAGAAAGGGGACAAAAGCCCUAGUGGGUUUGGCUCAGUGGAUAGAGCCUCGGCCUGCGGACCAAGGUACAUGUCCUUGACUGGAUUCAUCUAUACCAUUUUCCCAAAUGGAGAAGUUAUUGGAGAUUCACAGAGUUUUGAGAUUGAAAACUGUCUAGUCAACAAGGUGGAUUUGAGCUUCAACCCAGCAAUAAGUCCUCCAGCCUCGCAGGCCCACCUGCGAGUCACAGCUUCUCCUCAGUCGCUCUGUGCCCUCCGCGCAGUGGACCAAAGCGUGCACCUCCUGAGGCCUGAGGCAGAGCUCUCCCCGUCCUCGGUAUAUAAUCUGCUACCUGUAAAGGAUCUCACUUAUUUCCCUGAAAAUUUGGACCAGGAGGAGGAAGGACAAGCAAACUGUCGUUAUACUCGUUCUACUCCUCCUAUUGGUGGAAGCUUCUCUAUUCCCUCAGUUAAUUACUAUAUUAAUUAUGAUGAAGAAGAUAUGUAUAGCUUCUUAAAGGGUAUGGGAUUAAAGGUACUCACCAACUCUAAAAUCCAAAAACAGAGGUCAUGUACAAUGAGUCACAUACCUCCGCCACUCAUGUUAUCUAAAGAGAGUUUUACCUUUUCUGUUCAGUUUUUCUAUGAAGGAAACAGUUUUGGAGGUGCAGGGAUGUUGUAUUCUCCUCCAAUUGGUGCAGCUGCUGCAGAACCUGGAAAUAAUAUGCCAAGUCCAGAGCCAGUCUCUGAAACAGUGCGGAGUUAUUUCCCUGAGACCUGGAUCUGGGAGCUGGCAAUGGUGGACUCAUCGGGCGUGGCCGAAGUAGGAGUAACAGUCCCUGAUACCAUCACUGAGUGGAAGGCAGGAGCCUUCUGCCUGUCCAAUGACACUGGACUUGGUUUCUCUCUUCCCACCACUCUCCGAGCCUUCCAGCCCUUCUUUGUGGAACUCACAAUGCCCUACUCUGUGAUCCGUGGAGAGGCCUUCACACUCAAGGCUACUGUCCUAAACUACCUUCCCAAUUGCAUCCGGGUCAGUGUGCAACUGCAAGCCUCUACAGCCUUCCUGGCAGCCCAAAAUGAAAAGGGGAAAGAAUCCUACUGCAUCUGUGAAAAUGAGCGGCAAACUUUGUCUUGGGAAAUAACUCCUAAAACUCUGGGGAAUAUGAACUUCUCGGUGAGCGCCCAGGCAGUGAAGUCCCUAGAGCUUUGUGGAAAUAAGGUUGCUGAAGUCCCUGAGAUUGGAAGGAAAGACACAGUCAUCAAAACCCUAUUGGUGGAACCUGAAGGUAUUGAGCAAGAAAAGACUUUCAAUUCUAUGGCCUGUACUUCAGGUACCGAAAUAUCUGAGCAAUUAUCCCUGAAGCUCCCACCAAAUGUGGUCAAAGAAUCUGCCAGAGCCUCUUUCUCAGUUUUGGGUGACAUACUAGGUUCUGCUAUGCAAAAUACACAGAAUCUCCUCCAGAUGCCCUAUGGCUGCGGAGAGCAAAACAUGGUCCUUUUUGCUCCUAACAUCUAUGUCUUGAACUAUCUGAGUGAAACCCAACAGUUGACUUCAGAGAUCAAGUCUAAGGCCAUUGCCUAUCUCGUCAGUGGUUACCAGAGGCAGCUGAACUACAAACAUCAAGAUGGUUCCUAUAGCGCCUUCGGGGAUCAGUCUGGCAGAAAUGAGGGCAACACUUGGCUCACAGCCUUUGUACUGCAGACCUUUGCCCAGGCUAAAAGCUACAUCUUCAUUGAUGAAGCACAUAUUACCCAAGCCCUCGACUGGCUCUCCCAGAGGCAGAAGGAGAAUGGCUGUUUCAGAAACUCUGGGUCACUGCUCAACAAUGCCAUUAAGGGAGGAGUGGAAGACGAAGUGACCCUCUCUGUCUACAUCACUAUUGCUCUUCUGGAGAGUGGUCUUCCAGUCACUAACUCUGUUGUUCAAAUGGCCCUGCUCUGCCUGGAGUCUGCCUGGAAUACAGCACAGGAGGGGCCCCUUGGAAGCCAUAUCUACACCAAGGCAUUGUUGGCCUACGCUUUUGCCCUAGCGGGAAACAAAAAUAGGAGGGGAGAAAUACUGAGCUCUCUGGAUGAAGAAGCUGUGAAAGAAGACAACACCGUCCACUGGGAACGACCUCAAAAAACCAGGGCACCAGAAGGGUACUUUUACCAACCUCAGGCUCCCUCUGCUGAGGUGGAGAUGACGUCCUACGUGCUCCUAGCAUACCUCACUGCCCAGCCUGCCCCAAGCUUAGAGGACCUGACUUCUGCAUUGCACAUUGUGAAGUGGAUCAUAAAGCAACAGAAUUCCUAUGGGGGUUUCUCCUCCACCCAGGACACAGUGAUAGCUCUCCAUGCCCUGUCUAAAUAUGGAGCAGCCACUUUCAUCAGGACUCAGAAAACUGCACAAGUGACCAUUCGUGAUUCAAAAACCUUUUCCACAAAACUCCAAGUGGAUAGCAACAACCUCCUGUUGCUGCAGCAGGUCUCAUUGCCAGAGAUACCUGGGGAAUACACCAUAACAGUGACUGGGGAAAGAUGUGUGUAUCUUCAGACAUCCAUGAAAUAUAAUAUCCUUCCAGAAAAGGAGGAUUCCCCAUUUGCCUUGGAGGUACAAACUCUGCCCCAAACUUGUGAUGGACCCAAAGCCCAUACCAGCUUCCAGAUCUCAGUGAAUGUCAGUUACAGAGGGAGCCGCCCUGUCUCCAAUAUGGUGAUUGUUGAUGUGAAAAUGGUAUCUGGUUUUAUUCCCUUGAAACCAACGGUAAAAAUGCUUGAAAGAUCUAACCAUGUGAGCAGGACAGAAGUGAACAAUAACCAUGUCAUCAUUUAUGUGGAACAGGUGACAGCUCAGACACUAAGCUUUUCUUUCACGGUUCUGCAAGACAUCCCAGUAAGAGACCUAAAACCAGCGAUUGUUAAAGUCUAUGAUUACUAUGAGACACGUGAGUCCGCUAUUGCUGAGUACACUGCCCCCUGCAGCAUAGAUGCAGAGCAAGACAAUGUUUGAGGACCACAUUUAGACUACAUCUUUUGCUGGAUUCCCUGUCCUGUACUUGAAUUUAAAAAGAAUUGGGUUGUUUAUCUCUGUAAAACAGAUAUCAAAAAGGCUUGUUGAAUAAAUAUAUAUU